AUGUUCCUCUGGUCGUCAGUGUUCUCCAAGGAGCCGCAGGUUCCUGGUCAUCGCUCACCUGAGGAACUAGUAACUAACAUGUUGAUGUUAGAGUUGGGAUCUCUGGUGAAGCGCACCGAACGCCUCUACCAGGAGAGGGCAAUGGAGACCCGCAGGCGCAGCUCCAUUGUGGAUUACAGCUGGCUGGCAUCAGCUCCACAGAGGUCCUCCCGUGAGAUCUCACCUGGAGAGAAACUGGAGCUGCAGGAUCUGUGUGCCAAGAUCCCUCCAUCCCAGUGCGGUCCACUCAUUCUCAGACUGAGGAAAAUGGUGACAGAGCUUGAGCCGGAGGUGAGUGAGGUAUCUCGCGUGUUUCGGGCAGUUCUCUGCAACUACCUGGAUGAGAUGGAGGAGGGAGCCGCCAUGGAGAAAGCGCUGAAGGCCCGGGUCAGCCGCAGCAAGAGCAUGUCCGUCAUCAACCUGCGCUCACGGCUCCGCAUCAGCCCACUCUGGAUCAGGUCCACAGCCGGACAAGACGAUGAGAAUCCUGGCGGAGACGAAGAUGAAAAGAUCUACAGGAACAGGAGGAUCAGGAGCAUGCCACAUAUCAGCAUUGUGGAAGAAAAAGUACAGACCUGAAC